GACUCGAUCGCCUCAUCGUCUCUGUCUACUACCUCUUUCUCUCCUUCUCUCGAGUCGGCGCAGAUGGAUCCCGAUGCUGUGGCGAAGGCCUUUGUCGAACACUACUACUCAACCUUCGACACAAACCGUGCCGGUCUAGCCGGUCUCUACCAGGAAGCUUCCAUGCUCACCUUCGAGGGUCAGAAGAUCCAAGGAGUCCAGAGCAUCGUAGCCAAGCUCACCUCUCUCCCUUUCCAGCAGUGUAAGCACAAUAUCUCCACUGUUGAUUGUCAGCCUUCUGGUCCCGCCUCCGGUAUGCUCGUUUUCGUCUCCGGUAACCUCCAGCUCGCCGGCGAGGAGCACGCCCUCAAGUUCAGCCAGAUGUUUCAUUUGAUGCCGACACCACAAGGAAGCUUUUACGUGUUCAACGAUAUCUUCAGGCUCAACUACUCCUGAACAUCUAUCAGAUUGUUGCAUUCCUUUACUACACUAUUUGUGCAAUCCUUUUAUCAUUAUCCCGUUUGUCUUCUUUUUUUUUCUUUAUUCAUAUAAUAUGAUUUGUCUUGGAAACAGAAGAAAACUCUUUGUCUGUUGGAGUAUUUGCGUUGCUCAUUUGUUAUUUCUAAUCUAUUGGCUUUCAUCAGACAA